UCAUGGUUUUAGGUUUCCAACGAAUAUUUUAGUAAGAGAUGAAUGGGAAGCUGCUGUAAGACUGAGCCGAAAUGAACCACAAUGGCAGCCAUCCUCAUCUAGUGUGGUUUGUUCAGACCAUUUUGAUAAGGCUGACAUGUACGAUACAAAACGUGGACUUCGCAGAGUCCAUAGAACAGGAUAUCCAAAAAAGAAAUUAUUUCCGCAUUCCGAUAAGGUUGUCAGUGAUGUAUUGUUGCCAAAUAUACCAUCUCCAAUUGUUCCUGACUUACCAGUCUUGCCUAGUGUUGUCCUCGACAGCAAGCACGCAGUUUUACCAAGUACAUCUUCUACAGCCGUUCUCGACUUACCAGUCUCGCCUAGUGUUGUCCUCGACAGCAACAACGCUGUCUUACCGAGUACAUCUUCUACAGCCAUUCUCGAUCUACCGGAUGAGUCUAAAUCAGACUUAAACCAAUAUUUAAUAUUUGAUACACAUAAACAUAAGCUAAAAGAAAAAAAGCAAACCUUAUCAAACUGUCUUCUCAAAUGUUCUGAAGUUAAUGUAGAUGUCGUUUCAAUAACAUAUGACGGACAUUCUACCAAUUUUACAGACAUUGAGUUACUUGGGUGCAAAUUUGCAGAUCUAGCAGAUGUCAAAACGAAUUUAAACAUCCUGUAA